CGCUCUUCUAAUAUCGCUGCUUUUAUUCGUCGUACGACGGAAUUACGGAUAUUGGCAAAGGAGAGGUAUUCCCCACGAUGUGCCUCAUCCUCUUUAUGGAAACAUGAAGGAGUGGCCGAAGAAAAAAAUGAUUGCCCAGAUCUUCCAGGACUACUAUUUAAAGUACAAGGGCUCGAAUUAUCCAUUUGCUGGUUUUUUUUUCUUUUUUACCCGGAACGCUGUGAUUACUGAUUUGGAUCUGGUUAAAAGAGUAUUAAUCAAGGACUUUAACCACUUUGAGAACCGGGGAGUUUUUUACAAUGAGAUCGAUGAUCCACUUACGGGUACAUUAUUCAGCAUUGAAGGUCAAAAGUGGCGUAAUUUGAGGCACAAGCUUACACCCAGUUUUACGUCCGGAAAAAUGAAGAACAUGUUUCCCAUUGUUGUGCAGGUUGGACAACCAGGUGAAGGUCGUAUAAUUGAAAUUGUGGAUCUAGUGGCCCGGUAUACAGCAGACGUAAUCGGUAACUGCGCCUUUGGUCUCAACUGCAAUAGUCUGCAGAAUCCCAAUGCCGACUUUGUGACUUUUGGCAAACGAGCGAUAAAUGAACGUCGCUUUGGGGGACUAUUGGAUUUCCUCAUUUUCGGCUUUCCAACUUUAGCUCGCCGCUUGCGCCUUAAAUUUAACGUUCAGGAAGUAGAGGACUUUUACUUUGGAAUAGUGAGAGAUACAGUCGACUACCGGCAAAAGAACAAGGAGAAGCGAAAUGACCUAAUGGACAGUUUAAUCGAAAUGUACCAGAAGGAGCAGGCUGGAAACAGUGAGGAUGGACUCACCUUCAAUGAGGUGGUGGCCCAAGCUUUUCUUUUCUUUGUCGCUGGGUUUGAAACGAGCUCUACGACCAUGGGAUUCGCACUCUAUGAAAUGGCCCGCAACCAAGAUGUCCAGGAUAAAGUCAGGGAAGAGAUCAACAAUGUUCUUUGCAAGCAUAAUAACGAGUUUACCUACGAGGGAAUCAAAGAGAUGAAGUAUUUGGAGCGGGUCGUCAUGGAAACCCUCCGCAAGUACCCUGUUCUGGCACAUCUAACAAGAAUGACCGGGUCGGACUUUUCACCCGAAGAUCCCAAGUCCUUUAUUGCCAAGGGCACUAUCGUUGUGAUCCCAAUUUUAGGCAUUCACAAUGAUCCAGAAAUAUUUCGCAAACCGGAGAUAUUCAACCCGGAUCGUUUUACGGAUGAGGCAAUCGCUGCGAGACCCUCUUGCACCUGGCUUCCGUUUGGAGAAGGUCCCCGAAAUUGCAUUGGUCUUCGAUUUGCUCUGAUGCAAACCUGCGUCGGAUUGGCCCAUCUGAUCAGGGGUUAUAGAUUUAGUUUCGCCCCCCAGACGGAAGAACAAAUUAAAUUUGCUUUGGAAGGCGUUCUAAUGUCAGCCAAAAAUGGAAUUCGUCUUCAAGUUGAGAAGAUUUUAAAUUGA